AUGGCGGACAUUGAUUAUAUUGCCCUCACUACCAAACCCUCGUCGCAGCUAAGCUACAGCUUCCAGGCCUCCACCGGGACCACCAAGCCUGUGCUGGUCGUUUUCCUCAACGGCUUGGGACUGCCCCAAGCCUUCUGGCAUCCCGUCACUUCCCAGCUGAAAACCAUCCGUGAUGGCCGCAGUACUCCCAGCUUCUUGACCUACGAUCGUUUCGGGCAAGGUCAAACCACCGAUCGUGACCCCCAGGAUGCCAGCGCAGAGGAUCCUACACACGGCCAUGACUGCCUCGCCUCUGUCAAAGAUCUACGCCAAUUAAUCAUACAAAUCAGCAACGAGAAAGUAGAGAUCUCCGAAGUCGACUCCGUCCCCGUGGUCCUAGUCGGCAACUCCAUCGGCUGCGCACUGGCCCGCCUCUACGCCCAAGAAUACCCGGGCACCGUGGCCGCGCUCUUGCUACUGGACAGUGUCCUAGCAAACUCCGACUUCGUCUCCGUAUUUCCUGACCCUGACGCUGCGGACUUCGAUCCCGCCAGUAUCCACCCUAUUCCAGCGGAGGCUAUCCGCGCGGUACGGGCCGGUACCCGUCGCAUGUUUCACCCUGAUGUCGGCAAUAAGGAAGGGCUCAGUCGUCGUAAUUUGCGGGAGUUGCUGCCAGCUAGCGACGGGCCCUUGCUUCGGGGCCCCGGUGGUCAUGGACCUUAUGUUACUGUCGUGGGUCAUGACUUUGAUACUUUCGCUGAGGAGUCGUCGAAGAUGGGUCCGCCUAAGGGUGUGACCAAUCGCUUUGUCAAUCCCUACUGGCAGCGCUAUAAUGAGGGAUUGGCUAGGAUUACGGAGCCUGAGUAUAGCAAGGGUCCUGUUAUUGCGCCUAAUGCGGGCCACUUCGUACAGAGAGAUAACCCGGAAUUUGUGGCACAGGAGCUCAAUGAGCUGCUUGAGAAGAUUCAGCAGUAUGCGGUAUGA